CAAAUACCAAGUACCGGGAAAUUCCAUAAUAAAACCGGUUUAAUGGUGCAAUUAAUUGUCCAAUAACCGAAAAACUCAGCUGGUUUAACAAUUCUAACCGGUCAACGUAAAGGAGCAGUUGACCAGAUCGUCCUCUCUUAAGCAGCAGAUCGGAGAAAGUUUCAGUCUUCCAAAUCCCGACCAACAACAACAAAACCCCAAAAUCUCCGCUUCGAAAAUGGGAGAGAUGAUGUACAAGCUCUUCGCUUCAGCGUCGCUACUAACCCUAGGAUUGUAUCAUCUCAUCUGCACUUUCUUCCAUCUCCUCAAAUCUCCUCAAUCCUACGCCGCGAAACCCUUUUACCCUUUCCCUCGUCUCUCCUCCGUCACCGGAAACAACCACCACAAUCACAACCGCCUCCAAAAUCUACCAUUGUUCACCCUCAUACUCUCUCUUUUCGUCGCUUUCCUUCACGAAACCCUAAUUUCCUUCUACUCCGAUCCUCUUGUCAAAGGAAGUACUCCUGUUCACCGAUUCUCCUCUCUCAAUUCCGCCGCCGUGUUCUUCCUCUUCCUCCUCAUCGCCGUUUACUAUCUCCUCUCCGAUUCAACCUCCUUAAUCCCUCUGCCUUCCGAUCUCCUCUUCGCACUCGCUUCCGUAGGUUUCUUCCUCCAUUACUCAGCCGCAUCUUCAUCGGCUGCAAUCCAAACAUCGGAUCUUCAAGCUCACUGUGAUUCCCUCUCUGCUCGUAUCUCCGCCUUAUGCUCUCUCCUCUGCUUGCUUCUCGCUUGCCGUUCAAGACUCUUUAUCGCUGACGCUGCUCUCGCUGCUGCCAUUUGUCUGCAAGGUCUCUGGCAGCUUCAGACUGGACUCUCUCUCUACGUUGAUGGGUUUAUUCCUGAGGGAUGUCAUCGUCUUCUUGAUGUUCAAAGCGGCGUUGAAGGAUCAACCAAAUGUGAUAUUCAGGACUCUAAGCUAAGAGCUGUCUCAAUAUUGGAUCUAAUGUUCACUGUGCACGUUGUCCUUGUGGUUAUCCUCAUCUUUGCGACCUACACGAUGGUGGUGAUGGCGGCGGGAGUGAGAAGAACUGGUUCUUAUGAGGCUUUGCCCACCAAUAAUGCUGAUUCUAAUCACAUUCAGAUGAAGUCGUUGACCGGCACUCAGGCUUGAAACCUUAUCAAUCCUCUUGCUUUGCCUUUUUUUGUAAGCUCGAAACUUGUUGCUGCUUUACUUUGACAAGUUUUUUUUAUCAUGUUCUUUGUUCAAUAUAAUGUUCAAUCCUCGUAUAGCUGCAUGAUGAUGACUUGCUCUACUGAAUUAUGGUAUAUUCUUUGUUGAUUGAGAAUAGGAUGGUAAGUGGUCACUUUA